AUGUCGGCUGUCAUUUCGGACCAUGCUCAGCCUGACUCUUCUACUACCGGAUCCGACCCCUCACAGUUUCGUCCUACAUCACCAUCCGUAAACAAUUCCCAAUCGUUCUCUCCUCAGAUGGAGCAGGUCGCACAGUCGAGACCGGCCCGAGGCUCGACACCAGGCGAUGCAACUGAUCGCCUAGCCGUGGGUACGGCGCAGACGACCGCCGUCGACGAUGCCUCCACCCCGCGUCCGUCGCAAAAGAGCCGUGGCGCAACACAAGAAGUCAACAAGCGGAGCGUGGACUACUUAUUACGAAGUGGAGUGGCGGGGGGUUUGGCGGGAUGUGCGGCCAAAACUGUUGUCGCUCCUCUCGACCGCGUCAAGAUCCUGUUUCAAGCGUCCAAUCCACAAUUCGCCAAGUAUUCCGGUAGCUGGUUUGGCUUAAUAUCUGCAGUUCGCGAUAUCAGGCGCCAUGAGGGCCCCAGAGGUCUUUUCAAGGGCCAUUCGGCGACAUUACUCCGCAUUUUCCCCUAUGCCGCUAUCAAGUUCCUCGCCUACGAGCAGAUCCGAGCGGUGGUGAUUCCGUCGCGCGACAAGGAAACACCGCUGCGCCGACUCGUCUCUGGAAGCAUGGCCGGCAUGACUUCUGUCUUCUUUACGUAUCCGUUAGAACUUAUUCGAGUACGCUUAGCAUUUGAGACGAAACACACAUCUCGCUCGUCGUUCCGCGAUAUCAUACGACAGAUUUACAACGAGCGGGUCACUAUGCCAUCAUCGACGGGGGCAUCUGUAAAAGAAGCCCCAGUGACCGCCACUGCAGAGAGUCUCUCAUCGACGGUGAACAAAGUUGUUCCUCGUUCUGGGCUGGCCAACUUUUACCGCGGAUUCGGCCCGACUCUCAUGGGAAUGCUUCCCUACGCCGGAAUAUCCUUCCUCACCCAUGACACCGUUGGUGAUUGGCUGAAAUCGCCGACGCUAUCCCCUUACACCACGAUACCUGAAUUCGAAGAAACCGGACACCCGAAGAAACAUCAUCGGCAGCAACUAACCGCCGCUGCGGAGCUUUUCUCCGGAGCGAUCGCGGGUGUUGUGUCACAGACUUCCUCGUAUCCGUUCGAAGUGAUGCGACGACGCAUGCAAGUCGGCGGCGUCGUCGGCGAUGGCCACCGACUCGGCAUUGUCGAGACCGCCCGCACGAUAUUCCUUGAACGGGGCUUCCGUGGCUUCUGGGUUGGGCUGACGAUCGGAUACCUCAAGGUGAUUCCGAUGACGGCCACCGGAUUCUUCGUUUAUGACCGGUUGAAGGGAAGACUUGGCAUUUAA